GACAGUCCGAUAGGAAGGCAGACUUCAUACACAAAAAAGAUGGCUGUUUUUACGCAAGACCGUGAGUUCCAGGCUCUGCGAAACAGGUUUAAACAAGACGCCGAGUUACUCUUACAUGGAAACCCUGUUGAUAUCACCACAGAAAACUCUUCAGAAGAGAAGGAGAAGGAAAAGCCACUGCCCAGAGUUAAUUUGCAUUCUGUGUUCUGGAUUUUGGCUUCCAUUGGGCUGACGUACUACAUUGAUUUCUUUACUGUCAUUAAAGAAGAUGUUCAGAUUAAAAGUUGGUGGUUUAACAUUGGAAGCUUUUUCCUGUUAGUAAGCUUAGCUUUGGCCCUCUUCUGCAUAGUCUACCUGGAGUGGUUCUGUGGAAUUGGGGAUUAUGACAAAGAAUACCCAGCAAUAGCACCCAUCACUACCGCAGCAUUUAUUGUAGCGUCAGGCAGUUUUAACAUUGCUCUGUGGCCUGUGUGGUCUUUCUUCACACCUGUUAUCCUGUUUACCCAGUUCAUGGGGGUAGUAAUGGUUAUAUCUCUCCUGGGGUAGCAUUUAUAAGGAAAACAGUCACACGGAAUCACAUGUUCACUAUGUAGCAAAUUCUGGAGUCUGUAAGAAAAUGACAGAACUGACUGCAUUCUACCGUUCUUUGAAAAUAACCAUAACAAUUUGUUUUGUACCUUUUGGAUUUGUUGUAUUUAUUUCUGCACUGUACAUUGAGUGCAUAAGCAUUUUAUAUGAAGCACUCUUAAAUAUGUAUGUAGUGAGUCACUUUUUGUAAUGAAAAUAAAUUGCUAAUGAUUCUUUAUUAAA